UUUUCUCUGCAUUGCAAUAAUGAGGUAGAAGUUUCGUCUCGUCAAAAUUCAUAUUGUGCAGUUCGUUUCGCUCUACACCGUGUUAUUUUAGACAUUCCUAAAGUUUGUUUGCUGUGUCGUCUUUUUUAAAAUAAAAAACAAGGUUUUUCGAGGUGAUUUAUGUGAAAUCAGCUUAACUAGGUCUCACGGUACAGAAUGUCUUUGUUUAGUGUUUUCAACAGUACCAAGGAUAAUCAUCCUUCGAAAGUUCGGCAAAUGUAAGUUAAAAAGAAUGUACUUUCAAAAUUUUGGCUGUCGAAGAACUUAAAUCCGAGAAGAAAUUUUGCAACGUGAAAUAUACUUAGACUAAUACCGUUCAAGGCUGUCCUUUUCUGGCCCACCAUUAAAAAGCGAUCUUUCCUAACUCCGCUAACACUAUCUUUAUACACGGCUUUAUGAAGCUUAUUAUGAAGUGGCUCUUGAAUCAUGGAUAAAACGUGGAUUCCGUCUUCAGCCGUGACCCGAUGCAAUUUCAGGAGACUGCGGUUUCUUACGAAGGUGACCAAUGAUGUUGGGAGAAUGACCCGAGGAGGGCGCAGAUGGGCUUUGCUGCUGAUUGCUAUGUGCCUCUGCCUCAUGAUGUUCUACAAACUUCAACCCUGUGCCUACGACAGAAACACCACCCUCAUGAUGCCCAGAGAGAAUUAUAUGAAUGCAGCUGAUAAAAAAGUAUUCCGCUACGACCGGUACAUGCCGUUGAUUUUCAUCGGAGGCGUUCCCCGCUCGGGGACGACACUGAUGAGGGCCAUGCUCGACGCUCACCCAGACGUCCGCUGCGGUCAAGAAACUAGAGUAAUUCCUCGAAUUUUACAAAUGCGGCAGCAUUGGGUGAAGUCGCCAAAAGAAGUCACGCGAUUAGAAGAAGCUGGUGUUACUUCUCAGGUCAUAAACUCUGCCAUUGCUGCAUUCUGUCUAGAAGUCAUUGCCCAUCAUGGCGAGCCAGCAGCAAGGUUAUGUAACAAAGACCCACUCACAUUGAAAUCUGCUGAUUACUUAUCGGAAUUAUUCCCUGAAGCAAAAUUUAUUUUCAUGGUCAGAGAUGGGCGAGCUACAGUUCACUCAAUUAUUUCUAGGAAGGUAACAAUCACUGGAUUUGACCUCACCAAUUAUAGGCAGUGCAUGAAGAAAUGGAACGAUGCCAUUUCAAUAAUGUAUGAAAAAUGUCUAAGUGUUGGUAAAUCUAGGUGUAUGUUAGUCUAUUACGAGCAAUUAGUUCUUCAUCCGGAAGAUUGGUUGCACCGAAUCCUCAAUUUUCUGGACUUACCGUGGAAUGCAUCUGUGCUCCAUCACGAGGAGAUGAUCAACAAACCUGGAGGGGUCAGCCUUUCAAAGACAGAAAGAUCAUCCGACCAGGUCAUCAAGCCAGUAAACCUAGAAGCACUAACAAAAUGGGUUGGGCAGUUCCCAGAAGACGUCAUCAAGGAAAUGGAUGAAAUAGCACCUAUGUUGGCCAAACUAGGUUAUGAUCCCAACGCCAACCCCCCCACCUAUGGAUACCCAGAUGCAGUAGUGCAGGACAACACAUACAAAAUCAAACAAGAAUCUGAUAAGUGGAAAGAAAAAGCCGAGAAAUUAUUGUUGAGGACUCACGUCGAAAAUCUAGAAAAAAAUAAGAAAGACGAUGACGAAUCCUCCGAUAACCCUGCCAAUGCUGCUUAGUUACCACAACAAGGUGGGAAGUGCUCUGAGGACAGUGUGAGUAAAAGUUAAACAAUGACCUCAGUCUGUGUAAUUUUAGUUGUGCGAAUAGGUUAUAGCGUAAGUCCCUCCAAAAAUUACCAUCUUCCAUUUUUUUUUUUAGUCUUGUACAAAUUGCGAAUUUUCCAGGAUUUUCAUAUUUUCACUCCUUAAAUGGAAUUGCGGAAAGAUCCUGGAUUUUGUAUCGUUUCAUCAAAGAAAUGAGAAGAUAUCAAAGUAGAGCACAGACGAAUUAAAAUGAACUGAAACUCAAGUGUGUUGAGGACAGAUCUUAUACGGAUGUUACUCUUAAUGAAAAGUUGCCAUACUUUUAGUUUUGUUCAAAUUCAAAAUUGUUCGUGAAAAGUUAUAGCUCUCAGUCCCAAAUUAUACAAGUAAGUAUAAAGUGGAAGCGUUAAAAAAGUCUGAGAAGAAAACUCACAAAAUUAAUUUUAACGAAUCUUUUGACUCAACUAGUAGGAACCAAAUUGUCUCUAUUGCCAGUAUUUUUUUUAGCAAUGGUUGACCGCAAGUUGCGUAACGCAACCUCUAAAUUUGACUUUAAGUCGCGGGAAAAUUACAUUCUAAUUCUAUAGCUGUAUGCAAGUUGAGCUUUUUUUACAACCAGCUUAAGCACUAAUUAGCUCCGCAAUGGUAGGUAUAAAACAUUAAUCAGCAAUCGAAUAACUAAGUCAACAUUCUUGCCUCAACUUGCAACCAAUCACAAACCUGCCAGCAGGAGCCAAGCCCUAGAUUAAAGACUUUACAACACUCUGACCCAUGGGAAUCACACCAUUGCCUCUAACUUUAUCUGAAAAACAACUCAAAACUAAAAUCGAAUUUCUAAGUUGUCCUCGGGAAGGAAAAAUCUGUAAUUUUGUCUUAGCAAUAAGGGGCGACUACUUUUUCUCCCAUUUGGCUUGAACUGCUAUUGCAUCACUUCAGCCCAGCGGGUACUGCUAUGUGUGUAUCCUUAAAAUUGGGAAUUACAACAUAAUCACCAGAGACAAAAACAUGGUCUUUCCAAGCAACGAUUAAAUGUCAUUCAGCUAAGGUGGAAGAUAUACAAAAUCUUAACUUUUUUCCAAUUUUAUUUAUCAUUGAAUGAACAGAUCAUGGAGUUUUGCCUUCAUUUAUAAGUGGAAAUUCUCUUAAUUUUUAUACUCUUAUUGCUCUUGUCAUCAAUAAACCAGUGUUGCAUGAUGCUUGAGUUCCUUUGUGCCAAAUCUUUUUUGUCAGCUGUUUUCAAUUUGCAUUACGAGCGCUUAAAUUCUGGUCUUCCUGUGUCACAAGUAACUUAUAUGAAAAUCUAUGGACUAAAAUAAGUAGACGGAUUGAAGGAUCAGCAUUUUUCCGUUUUGUAAGAAGCGAAAAAUUAUCCUGAAAUAUUUCUAUUGCUGUCAAUCAUCACAAAUACUCAAUAUGCAUUUAUCACAAUGUACUCGUUACGUUCGUCAGUUAAAACACUUGUGAAUGUCUUCUCUUCCAGAUUUUAAUGUGAUUUUAUUGAUGCGCAGUCAUCUGCUUUAAUAAGAGGCGGUUCCUAAAAUACGCAACGCUCUAAUGAGGAGUACAGAGUCAAAAAUCUCAAACAUUUUCAGGCUUCAGAAAUUUUUUUUUGCAAUGUAUUGUCGAUGUAUUUAACCUAGAAAUGCAGUUAGCCUAAGAGCUGUUGAAAACUUGAAACCAUCUAAAACAAAAAUUGAAUGUGUUAUUCGGUAUCCUAUAGAAUAGUGGUCCUUCAAUUGCGAUGAGUACAUACAUCCAAUCCAAAUUGUAAGUGGUAAAUAGGUCGUCAAUCAAGAUGAAUAUCACAUUUUGUUAGUUUUGGAUUAUCUCAGUUCAUCAUUUUAGACUAUCAUAAAUUAAAGUACAUAAUUAAUAUCCUCUCAUGUUUUUUUAUGCAACUCUUUUAGUUGAUUACGAAGGGACUUACAGACGUGAUUCAGUUAGAAACUGAGAGCGGCUCCCCACCAACCCUUAAUUUCUUGUUAAUAAUUGUUUCAUGUCAUCAUCAUGGAUAACAAGACUGAUUUAAGUAAAUUUAUUUUGCAAAGUGACUUGUCCUCUUUCCUACUCUGUAUGGUAACUUGUAAGAGUCAACUCUUGAGAAAGCGAGGGUAUGUGCUAGCUGAGUACACCGUGUUUUUCAAAGAGUGGUAUUUUAGAUAAUAUUCGACAUCACUUGGUGUUCAUACAAAUCUUAUUACUUCUUGCCAUUCUAUAAGAUUCGAUUGUAAAAACAUAAUACUUUGCCAUGUGUAACCAACCUGCUAUGUAUUUAGAAAAAUCUUAAACUUUAAUUUGUAAAAAUUCUCUUGGAUAUGAUAUUUUUGGGCAUAUAUGUUUUACUCUGUCUCUGAAACACCUCACUUUGCCAUGGUAUAGUUCACGGUAAAAAAUUCAUGGUAUAAAUGUAUGCAAUUUAGACUACGACAGAAGAUCGUCUGACGUCAUUUUCGCAUGAAGAGUAAAUGCAAGAAGUAAGAUGGCGAAUCUUCUGUUGUAGUCUAAAAGUGCGUAAACUCAGUUGGCGCGGACUCUACUCGUAACUCAAUUUUGAGCUUUCGGCACAAACGUCUUUUUCCAAGAGAUAGCCUGAUAUUCUUAAUUUUUGCCAGUACACAUCAGAUUUUGAGACAGUUAGCUGACUCUCUUACAAGUUACCCAUCUGCCUUGUAGAUAUUUUCACCGUUAUGUUUUUCUUUCCUACUUAAAAUGUUAUCUUUUUAAGAAAAAGGUUUCAGGGUAUAAAUUUUUUUAGAUAAAUUGUAAAUAAGAAUAAUUAAUGUGAAAAACCUAGCUAUGUAAGUUAAUUUAUUUGUACGUACAUAUGUUAUUCUUGUUAAUUUAUUGUUGAACUAUUGUGCAUCAUAGCUAGAUCAGUCAUCCUAAAGCAUCUCUUGAAUCCACUGAAAUUUUUAACUUCUCAGGUUUUUAGGUUGUCAAAUGCGUUUCAUUUUGGGCUCAGUGCUAUGUCAUCUUCAACUGUGUUAAUUUUGAUCUCUAUUUUAUUUUUUACAGCAGUUUUCAAGCCAGCAACUCUCAAAUUUUUUGUCACUGCGAAGUUCAUUGAAUCCAACAAGGUUGUCUCAAUAGUAAUUUUUGGUUUCCUCUGAUCUUUACUUGUUGUAAAGUUUCUGUUUUUUGAAAACAACAGAUUUUCAAAAAAACUGGCAUAAAAAAGAAAAUGUAAGAGAAAUAUGAAGGAUUUUUGUGGGCUAGCAGUUACGCCUAUUAAAAUCCCGUUUUCCCUCAAUAUGUAGAAACAAAGUAAUCAAAAGAACAUUGUAUAAUAAUUUUUGACAGUACGGUUAUUACUUUGCAAUGGAACUUUGCAUAAGAUGAAUGAAAAAAAUUCUCAGGCAUACAUGAGGUGCAUUUCAAAAAUUUUAACCUGGGUAAUUAUAUUGAUUAUAGCGUUGAUUUAUUAGUUGUAUUCAUUUAUUUAUUUUUAUCCAGAUGGGUCCUUUUCAGUUGUUAAAUAUUUGACUUCAAUCAUAGUGUUAAUUUGUCUUUUUUUCUCCACCUGUAGACAACUCCCUCAUUCAAAAAAUUAAAACUUUGACCUACUUAAGUUAUCCCUUAGAGCUUUUGUUUAAAAAAAAAAAAAAUUGAACUUGGUUUUUAAAGAGUCCAACUCCAGUUCAUUUUUUUUUUUUCAAAAUUGGCUUCCUUGCAGAAAAAUGCUCUAUAUGAAUAUUUAACUUAGUCUCUCUUUUCCUGAAAAUUCUCUAAUUCCAUAGAAGGGCGUGAUUGGAAACAAGCAUUAAUUGUGUUUCAUACAAACAAGUAAUUCUAGUUAACAGUGAGAUGAGAAACAGCCUGGCACACAACCUAUAUGAACCUAAAUUUCUUAAAAACUCUUUUUGUGCAAUAUUUAGUUGAAUUGAUUCCUUGCAGGGAUUGAAUGAUGUCACUCCAAAUUACAAUAAAUUAAAUCUGUGACGUGCUGAACAAAAUUGUGAAAAAUUAAUUUGAUUCAUAUUAAGAGUCUGAUAAAAAAUGCCAAAGGUUUUUAAGAAAAUUGUUCAUCCUAUUCGCAGAGAUCAGUGUGAAAUAUGGCAGAAAACAGAGUGCUUAAACGUACCACAAGGAAUUGAUUCAUUUAUAAUUUCAAUCAAGGAAGCUGAGGGUGAACUUUUCUUCACGGUGUUAUCAAUCAAAGAUGAGAUUCUCUCGCUAAAUUCAAAGUGAACGCUCCUCAGAGGAGUAGGCUGUGUUUUUUGCAUUUUAAAUUUUUUACGUGUUGAAAAUAAAAACUUCAGAGUUAUUUAUCGUCUUCAAAAGAUGUACUUACUGCACUGUACAAACAACACUUGUGAAGUUCUAUCUUAGAAAAUUAUUUAUGUUUUAGCUUUGUAGUCAUGCAAGAUUUUUGUUUUUUUCUGUUUAUUUUUCUUUAUUAAAUAAAGAGUUUAUCAUCAGAUGCAAA